AUGGUAGAAGAUCAGUCGCAACUUGAAAGCCACGAGCCUUACCAUCGCGCCGAAUUUGAGCAGAAUGCACGCGUACCAGGUGCACCUGUUGAGAAAGUCAACCCUCUUGGGAGCCAGGUUACUUUGCUCUCCGCUGUAAUGCUGAACCUUGGCCAAAUUACGGGGUCAGGUAUAUAUGCAGUCCCCGGAGUAAUUCUGAAUUCUGUUGGGUCAAUUGGAAUGCUUCUUCUCUACUGGAUCAUUGCUCCCCUCUUCGCUUUUGCGGCUCUCGCGCUUUACAGUGAACUGGCUAGCAUGUUCCCCAAUAGAUCGGGUGCAGAGGUCGUCUACCUGGAGCAAACAUACCCCCGACCCCGAUUCCUGGUAUCAACCGCAUUUGCAACCACCACAAUUUUAUUGUCGUUCAGCGCCUCAAACGCCAUUGUCUUUGCGCAAUAUUUUCUUACUGCUUUCGAAGUACCCAUAACGCCAUCUCGACAAACAUCAGUGGCUUUGGCCGUAGUGUUCAUUACGGUUGGAAGCGUGGCACUUUCGACCAAAUGGUCCCUGCGAGCUGUGAAUGCCCUCACAACCAUCAAAGUCGCAUCGUUGGCUUUUAUCGUCGCUACCGGUAUUGCUGUCCUUUGCAGUCUCACUCGGGUUCGAGACCCUUUUGCGAACUUUCAGGACCUGUUCAGUGGAACCUCGACCAAUGCAAACGCCUUGGCAACCGCUUUGGUCAAGACCAAUCACUCCUUCAUUGGCUGGCAAAACGCUUUCAACGUCCUUGGCGAAGUUAGAAGUCGCGACCCUGUCAGAACCGUGCGGAAAGCAAGCUUUAUCUCCUUAAUGGUAGCGACUGUCCUGUUCUUUUUCAUCAAUGUAGCAUAUAUUGCUGCAGUACCUAGGGAGGAUAUUCGGCAGUCAGGCCAAUUAAUCGCAGCUCUCUUUUUCCGCCGUGUUUUUGGCGCGACUUUUGGCUCCAAAGUCUUUCCGCUUAUGGUUGCGUGUAGUUGUUUUGGAAAUAUUAUCGCAGUGACCGUUGGACAGGCUCGAAUUAUCCGUGAGGUUGCCAGACAAGGAUUGCUUCCCUUUCCGAGCUUUUUCUCGUCAACCAAGCCGUUCGGGACGCCCUUCGGGCCAGUUGCUCUCAAAGGCGGUUUGACUGUGAUAGUAAUCCUUCUUGUGCCAGCCAAAGAUGCCUUUAACUUUGCCUUGGACUUGGCUUCGUAUCCCCACCUCGUAUUCCAGGCUGCGAUGUCAGCUGGCGUCUGGCUUUUGCGCCACAGACGAGCUAUCGCCAAUGUACCGCCUUCACCUCUACAAGCCUGGAAUGGGGCCAUCAUCGCCUACCUGAUUUCAUGCAUACUUCUUCUCGUUUUACCGUGGUACCCUGGCCAUGCAGACGUGUCCUUUUGGUAUGCCACUUAUUGCGUGGCUGGUAUCGGUCUACUGCUGUGUUGCGGUCUCUACUACUGGAUCUGGAUCAAGGUAUUACCCCAGCUUGGAGGGUAUGAGAUCGUUGAGGAAAUAGAUGAACUGGCAGAUGGAGCGCGAAAUACACGACUUGUCCGUCGUUACAGGCACACGGCAGAGAAUGAGCAUGAACCUCUGCUCGGUAGAUGA